AUGUUAAAGCAUUUCUUUGUAGUAAUCGUUAUUGUGUCAAUGUUUGGAUUUAGUAUGCAACAGGGAGCAGGAGGAGGGGCAAACGCUGGAGCCGGAUUUAGUGUUGGCGCAGGAGCUGGCGGUGGAGCUAAUGGCGGCAGCAAUGGAGGUGCUGCCGGUAAUGGCGGCGCCCAAGGGGGUUUCGGCAUGAGCGCAAAUGCAGGAAUGGGAGGACAAGCUGCAGGAUCGGGAAAAUAA